AUGGACGCUGGAGCGGCGGGCGUGAGUCUCGCCGCAGCCGCCGCGGACGAUCCGUUCAAGGGAUCGCCGUUCGCCGCCAUCUCCGAUUGGAGCUACGGCGUCUCGCGCCGUUAUCAGCACGUGCUCGACCGUACGACGCCGCACGUGCUGCACCGGUGGCUGGCGUGCCUGGGCGUGGCCUUGGUCUACGUCAUCCGCGUGUACCUGGUCCAAGGCUUCUACGUCGUGUCGUAUGGCUUGGGGAUCUACAUUCUCAACCUCCUCAUCGGAUUUCUCUCUCCUCAGGUCGACCCUGAGAUCCACGACCUCUCCUCCGACGGCCCCUCCCUUCCCACCCGCGGAUCCGAUGAGUUUCGACCCUUCGUUCGCCGCCUCCCUGAAUUCAAGUUCUGGUACUCUAUCGCGAAGGCAUUUUGCAUUGCUUUUGUUAUGACGUUCUUCAGUGCAUUUGAUGUACCUGUGUUCUGGCCUAUACUUCUCUUCUACUGGGUGGUGCUCUUCGUUCUCACUAUGAGGAGACAGAUAGUACACAUGAUCAAAUACAAAUACGUUCCCUUCUCCUUUGGGAAACAGCGGUACGAUGGAAAGAAAGCUUCUUCAUCUUCAACAGAGACCGCAGGCCUCCUCCCCAGGGACUGA